AUGACUGAGUCUUUCGUGAAGGAAUCUUCUGAGCAAUCCAAGACUGUCAAUGGGAGAGAUCUGAUUUUUGAAGGUGAUGAAGCUGAAGAACGAGGCGACCAUGUUGUCGGUGCUGAUUUUGCAUGUGAGGGAAUUGAUGUGUUGUGGCUAGCUAGCUCGCAAGUAGAAACAUCUUCAUCGUGCAAAAAGAGGUACGGCUAUUUUGUUAAUCCGAUCUUUGAGAGAAUGACACCUGUUGUGUGA